CCAUUUUCUAGAGUGUAGCACGAGGGAUUUCAUCAGCUCAUUCGCCAGUUGAAAGGUCUCAAAGUACCAGCCCGCGACAUUUUUAUAAUCAAUUAUUAAAUCUGGCCCGUAGAUCGAACUUUUGUUUUCCACAGAUGAAAAGAAUGAUCUAACGUUUUAAUCCGCUAAUCUGCACUGGUAAGUUUAAUUGCUGGUGGUGAUAUUAGAUAAAAAUUAUUCGGUAUUGGUCAAAAUUUCCACAUGGGGUACCGCUAACAAUACGAUCUUCACUGAUAUGGGACUGUUACAUCCACAUUCCUCCUUCAGUGAAACAGGCUGUCCUCCUGUCCCGUUUUCACGGCCUCGCCUUCGCCUGUUGACGUGCUCACGUGGCGGGACGCACACGCAUUCGGUACUGGGGUCGGGUGUCAAACCCAUGAGUCCCUCCUGUGGGUAUUUAAACCAACGCUGAGAUGGUGCACAUCUCUGACUUAAUAAAAACGGCUUUCAAAAUAAUGUAUAGUUUUACGUUAAUGGUGCAGUCUUAUGCAGCGUAUGGCUCAGCGGGUUAAGCUUCUGUGGCUGUGACUGGAAGAUCGCCAGUUUGAGCCCAGCAGAGCUGCCACGCUCACUCUCAGCUGCAUGUGUGUCUGUGUGUCACGGAGAGCAAGAUGGGGUAGGUAAAAAGAGAGUGUCCCCACGCGGAUCAAUGAAGUGUGAUUAUUAUUAUUAUUCUACCUGAGCUGAAGAUGGUUAUCUAUGGAAACUUGAGUAACAUUAUAGUAGAGGGCUUCACAGAUGUUUUAAUUGGCCUGACUGAUGUUAUCACUCUGUGGUAACAUCUCGUUAUGCUUAAUGAAUUGAGAUUGAUUGCAUGGCCUGGUUCUCCGCGAAUGGAGGUCAUUCUCUCUCACUGAUUCAGUAUGGCGACACCCUCCUCCCACUCUUGCUGAACGCCACCCCCCCCCACUUGGCUGGUAACCAUAGUGAUGCUAAGGAAGGCUUGGGCAAUGGUGGUGAUGGAGGGGGGGGAUUUGCAGAUGCUGCCAGUCUUUUCGCAUGUGCCCAUCCCUUCAGUCCACUGUGCUUUGUCACGCAGGGGAAUUCUGGGUAAUAUGGAGAGAGGGGGUGACACCAGCUGCUGGGGGGCUUAUCAGCUUAAGCAGUCAGAAGGUAGAUCUGCCUCCUCCCCAGUGCCUCCACAGAACAUUACAUUAGACUCAAUAUUAAUUCACAGGAAUAUCGUGAAUUUUGUUGUAACACGUGAGGUGCCAUUUAAACAAUGGCUGAAAUUAUCAAUCUGUCACCCUGCUGCCCUGCGAUCCCAGUGUCAAUAUAUCGUCUGUGCCUGGAAUGUGCCUCGCUUCCUGGUUAGCAGGAAUCUCUGAGCUUCGGGGCAGGCAAUUUCACUCAUUUGUUUACCAAAUGAGGAGAAAAUGAAUAAACCUGCACGCAAAGCAGCAGAGCUACCCAGCGCACAUGGGAGGCCUCCCCCGGGCAGGCUGGCGCAUGCGCAGUCCCUGCUCUCCCCCUGCCCUGCCCCCUCCCCUCCCACCGCGCGUCAGCUGCAGCAGCGAGCCGCCGCCUCAGUUGCUGAGCUGCAUCUCCAACCUACGGCACACGGCCAUGGUGGAGCAGAGCAUGGAUCCACGGAGCGGCCCAGGACAGCCUGGGGGGGGCUGGGCACUGGUCCCCUCCAUCUCGGCCGUUAUUAAGUACUCUUGCUUCAUCUGCUGGUCCAGGGAGAAGAGCUCUGUGGGAGAGGAAGUCAAGGAGAAUGCGGUGAGCGUCAGCCAAAGGACGUGUGAAAUUCAGGAGCUGCAGGAGGAGGUGCAGCGGGAGAGCGGGGAGCUCAGGCAGCUACAGAGCCGGAGAUGGCAGGUCCAGGAGGGGCUUGGCGAGCUGGAGCAGAAGAAGAGCGACCUGGAAGGGCAGCUGGAGCACAUUCAGGAGCAAUGCAGCCAGGAGAACCAGCUGAUUCUUUCUCUGCAGGGGGAGCAGUUGGAACAGCAGCAGCAAAUCGAGGAGGUGGAAGAGGAGCUGUUGCGGGCACAGGAGGCGCUGUGGAGGCUGCGGGAAGAGGCGGCACGUGCCGGGGAGCGACUGGAGGCCACACGGACUCGGCUGGGGCCUCUGAGGGUCCAUGUCCGUGACUCCCACGCCAGCAUCACUCAGCUGCAGCUGAAACUGGAUGAGCUUCAACAUACAGACACACCCUUGAGGGAGGAAUUAGAGCCACUGACCAAUGGGAUCGCAGAUGUGGAGGCAAUGACAAUGACAGCUGAGCCACUUCAGUGGGAGAGGGGCCAACUGGAGUGGAGGGGGGAGGAGGAGCAAGUGGCCCCUGAAGAGCAGGAACCCAAAGCUGAUGUGUCAGAGGAGUUUCACGGCAGCUGCCAGCUGCAGCAGACUAUGCAAAGCAGCGGUUCCAGUUCUCCAUCUGAAGUAGCAGCAGCACAGAAGGAGGAUCUGCAGAAGUCUGUAAACACCAGCGCAUUCAAGCAGGUAUCACUUCCAGAGGAGGCAGAACCUGUGGAGCAGGCCAAGGCCCCUACGGUCGGCACGUUGGACUUCUUCCAUUCGGACCCUUUCACAGACAACGACCCAUUUGAGGACAGUCCAUUCGGAGCAGCGGAUGUCUCAGAUAUUUUCAGUAGGGACCCGUUCAAAGGCACAGACCCCUUCUCCUCAGACGCCUUAUUCGGACAGCCCCCUCCCAAGCCCUUCGGAGAUCUCGUCGUUCCCGCCAAACCCCGACCCUUUAACUGCCAGUUCAGCGGCUGGGUAAAGGAUCCCAUCCUUUCGGAGAACGGCAAGGAGUCAACGGUCCUGCUUGUCUUCGAGGCUGCCAGUCCGACCGACGAUGAGCCCGUCCAAUGCGAAGCGCUAAGCACAGUCGACCCAGACCCCUUGGCCCCCUCCCAGCGCAUUGAGGGUUCCUCGAAUGACUCGCCUUCCACGGUCACAGUGACUCAUCUUCCUGAAGAUUUGGAGGAACUCCAUGACUCCUGCCCAGCUCCCUUUGCCGGGGUGUCUGGUAAUCUACCGCUGGCAGAGAGGUUCGCCGAUUUCGGCCGGCUGUCCAUCAGCACCGAAAGCCUGGCUUCGUGUAGCACUGAGAACCAGGACGAUUCAUCUGCAGAAGACAGCGAGGACGAGAACCUGCACACGCCCCCCGGGAGCCCCGGCGGACCCCCUCCACUGCCUCCUGGAUCCGGCAACUCCUCACACCAUCAUAAUGAGACAGAAGCCUGUGACUUUUUCCCCACAACGUCACACCGCUGCCCCCUGGGAGAUUUGGAUAAUUUCUCCACCUCUGACAAUGCAGAAAACUCGGGACUCGCCGGUCCAGAGCCAGAGAUGCUGGACCCUCCCAGAGCCCUCGACGAGGGGCAGUCCUGAGUGCCUCUCCCUGUGCAGCCCGGACAGCUGAAGCCUUGUUACAAGAUAACAGAAAUGACACAUGAAAGGAACUUAAAACUCCUGUUUUCUCCCUGACGUGCUCCUUGCCUACCCUCCCCUGACAUCCUACCUUGAGCCAAUCCUAGUAUCAUUGUUGCUGUUGUCCUCGUCAUUGUUGCUUAGCAAACGUCAUCAUGUCGGGCAGUCAGCAAUCUUAACCGCGCACUAAACUCGGUCACAUGACGGUGCUGCAUUCCAGCAUUGCCGGUUGCAAUGGAUUUAUUUAGGAACAGGGGCGGGCGAACAACCUUCAUGUGGAUCCUCCUCCGGUGUUCCCUGGUGCUUGUAUGGUUUUACAUAUUUUUUGCACACCUUCGAUUUCCGGUUUUCAAUCUGAAUCCCACUGCUUCUCUUUUCAAACCAACAAUAUAAAAAGAUUUUGGGAUAUUAAAUUUCUGAUUUCUCAUUCAUUUGCUUUGUUUUUCUUUAACAAAACAAUGCCUUAAGUCAAACGAAAGUUAUGUUUCCAUUUGCUGAUUGAGCUCUGAACGUAAACGAACUUCGUAGCCAUUCGUAGGCACAAUCCGUUGAGAGUGUUAUUUGUAAAUAGUGGGUCCUUCCACGGCUUUAUCCAUAAACUCGACACUUGCAAUGGAUUACGGGUAACAAUCCCCUCAGCUGCGGCACUGAAGGUCUAAUGGUGGGUGGAGAAGUCAUUCUUUUUUAUGUUUGUUUUAUGGAGAAAAGUCACAAAAGGGGGGUUGAAAGAGCAGAUGGCAAGCUGUGAUGAGAGAUCUGGGAUAAGCCACUUAAAAGCGAGGUGACGGUCUUCCUGUCUUUCCUUGCGUCACAAAUAUUUUCUGCAGGUUUUACCACAUGAAACUGUAGUAGCUCCAGAGGCAAUUAAAAAGAAUAGAAGCUCUUUAUUGUUAUUGUACAGGUACAGCUGCAAUGAAAUUUAAUCUUGGCAAUCCCAUCCUGCUCUCAUGUGGGAGACAUGCAUAUUUAGGUGAGAGUGAAGUCUAGGGUGAGAACACAUGGCCAGGUGUGUUUCCAACACCUCUGGACAGUUUUGGGGGUUUUGGGUUAGCAUCCACCCUGCCGUCCAUGGGAUUCGAACCGGAGGGCUACUGGUGCAGACUCCCGACACUCAUGCGGUCACAGUUUCUAUUCUUAUUUAUCUGUAUGUUGCAAAACUAAACCACCUGAGACACAAAAAGGUACAUUGUAAGUAACUUGGGACACAGUUUUAUUAACUUUGAGGGUGAGCAUCAUUCGUGAUCUUGUAUUUACGUCUCUUCUAAACGAGAAAAUCUGAGUGCGGAGAAACUUUACGUUAAAGAAUUUCCACACACUGCCGUGUAUAACUAGGCAAGAUAAUUAAAGGAAACCUUUUUAAAACUUGUGCAUGUUUAUUAUUAGGGUGUUAACUUCUGAAAUUCAAAUAAACCUUGGAAUUGAAUCAUCUUCUUCCUCUAA